UAUGAAGGCAAAUAUGAUCUUUUCGGGCAAUAGUUUGCAUUUGUAAUUCCAGCAUCAAACAUCGUGUGGCGGUUGUCCGUCAUCCAAACUUCGAGCGUGCCAAGAAAACUACCGACCUUGUGUGUGUCAGCGAGUGUAUUUUUUAGUAGCUGAUUUAAUUUAAUUGCCUUCAAUUGGAUUUGGAGCUUUGUCACAGCUUGAGUGGGCGGUCAAUUAAAAUUUGAAGAAAGCAGAGCACAUGAUGGAUCAAGCUGAUAAUACACAGAUACGUCGCUCAAUAUCGAUGCCGGUCAAACCGCGUCCAAUCGAGCAGAAGUCACUCAAACGCUCGGAGGAAAAGGAAAGAAUUAACGACUCCAGAGACUAUUAUCCAGAGAGUCCCAUUGUAGAGCGAAGGGGUAAAAGCGAUUUGGAUAGCCACAUAAGCAGGAGUGCAAAUAAUGUUCCUUGUACCAGUGAUUGGGUUGGCAGCACAAUAGAAUUGAAUCAAGACAACAGCUACAGUGAUGCCAUGUGUUCGCAACGUCGUCAUCAUCGUGUGAUCGAGAAGAAUGGCCGUGAGAAUGUAAGCUUCCGGCGUAUACCACAGAAGUCCUGGCGUUAUGUUAGAGAUUUGGUAACGACAAUGAUCGAAUUAGAAUGGAAAUAUAUGCUGACGAUUUUUAUUGGAAGCUAUUUUCUCUCAUGGUUCUUCUACGCUUUACUAAACUAUAUGGUUGCCUAUUCGCAUGGUGAUCUGAUGUUUGAUGAAGUGACGGGCGAACGUUUGGGUGAGGGUAAGGAGCCAUGCAUUAAGGGCGUAUAUGAUUUUGUUUCGAUGAUUAUCUAUUCGGUGGAAACGCAAACAACAAUUGGUUUUGGUGAAAAAUAUGCUAGCGAUGAUUGUCCUGAAGCCAUAUUCCUAUUUGUUAUGCAAAUGAUAACUGCAAUUGGUAUUGAAGGUAUGCUCGUCAGUAUGGUAUACGCGAAGACAGCAAGACCGGCUAAACAGAUUACGAAAAUGAAAUUUAGCAAUAAGGCGGUGAUUUGCUAUCGUGAUGGCAAACUAUGUCUAUUAUUUCGAGUUUGUGACCCACGUAGACAGCAAAUUAUUGAAUCGAAAAUACGCGUCUAUCUUAUCAGAGAUCAAACCACACGUGAAGGUGAGUACAUACAAACACGCACCGAGCUCAAAUUAGAUGGCCAUGGUGAGCAAAUAAUUGUUUGGCCAGAAAUUGUUUGCCAUGUCAUUGAUGAGACGAGUCCUUUGAACUUUUUGAAGUCGGCUAAAGACCUGAAUGAAGCACAAUUUGAAUUGUAUGUCUCAAUUGUUGGCACUUCAGCGGCAACAGCAAUGGUAACGGAGGCACGCACUUCUUAUGUGCCAUGUGAGGAUAUUUUCUGGGGACAACGUUUCGUUAAUAUUAUUACGUAUGAUGCACGUAAUGAACGUUACGUAGUAGAUUAUAGUAAUUUCAAUUCUACUAUAUCGGUUGAUAUGAAAUCCAUUGAGUAUACAGAGCCUGUUGUGGAGAAAGACGAGUAAUUUUAAAAUUUUCUAAAGCAUAUGCUUAAUCAUGUGCUUAAUAUUAUUUUACUAUCAUCAAAGGUGAAUAGAAUUUCGUAUGUAAAAGUUGGGUUACGGCACAGUGAAAAAAUAUUAUAAACUCAUAUGUAUGUAUGCAUUUUUCGAAAAUAAAUUUAUUAAACAGGUAAA